UCUUGAGGGUGUGUUUGUGUGGGGGAGCAAUCCUCUUUCAUAAGCCUCCUCUUAGCCUCCAUCAGCUCACAUUCUGUCUGGGACUCGUAAAGCUUGUUUCACUUAGCACUGGGACUUUCUCUAGUCAUGAUCGGGAUUUCCUCGCACGUCUUUUUGCUACUUUUGACACUGCAGACUGUUGCUGUGGUGAAGGCCAACUCUGAAGACAAUUUGGUAAGAAGGAAAAGAUUAUGGAUUCCCCCGCCAAAGCAAUUGAUGGAAAAUGAAGACUACACUCAGGAAACUGUUGCCAAGAUUCAUUCGGAUUUUGAUGACGGCAGCGGAAAUAUUGUAUACUCCCUAGAAGGCAUUGGCGCAAACCAACAACCCUUCAAUGUGUUUGUAGUCGACCAUAUAACUGGAGACAUUCGUGUAACCAAAGUUCUGGACAGGGAGUUAAUUGACACUUACAAUCUGUCAGGUAUUGCUAAGUACAAGGAUGGCAGGCUUGCAGAGGAAAAUGUUGACAUACGGUUCAAAGUAAAAGACCAGAACGACAAUCCACCAGUGUUUGCAGUCAUGAAGGUCGGGGAGGUAACUGAGAUUAGUCCUCUAGGCACUUCAGUUAUGAAAAUAAUGGCAACUGAUGCUGAUGAGCCAGGGAAUGAGAACUCUCUGAUCGCCUAUACUAUCCUUGAUCAAAGCCCACCUCAUGGGAUGUUCGACAUUUCUCAAGAUGGGACUGUCUUUGUCAAAAACCAAGCCCUGGACAGAGAGGUACAGUACGAAUUGCAUCCAAUUAUGUCAAUUGCAGUGAACUUCAAUUCGAACUCCAUCAGAAUCGGAGGGAAUCACCCUCUUUAAUGGUCACACAUCACA